UCAGUUGCACAGCGCGUCCUUGACUUCCUACGAGAGGUGAUAGCUGAUGAGCUGAAGAAGGCAGCGGGGAGGUCAGGGAAAUAUCCGAACUGAAGGGAGUUUUCUGUCGCAAUGGGGUUGGUACCAGACGAGGGGAAGGUUCUCCCUCCUCCGGGCAUCGUGAACAGGAAUUCGGUGUGGCUGGGCGGUAUGGGCUGGUGCAGUGCGAUACUCCAGAACGCUAUUAGGCACAGGCCGCCACUCAAAUCAGGUGUUCAUCGACAGUUCCUGCUGGCCACCAUCGGUUGGUUUGUCGGCUACCAUCUAACAAAAUAUGAAAAUUACACUUAUGCCAGACUCGAUCGAGACAUGAAUGAGUAUGUCAAACUCCAUCCAGAGGAAUUUGCAGCAAAGAAGAAGAAGACCUUUGCAGAGAUUGUCGAGCCGUUUUACCCCGUGCGCUAAAGGUUGGCAGCUGGUUAGAGGGAGCAAACAUGGAAGGAAGAACAUGUUGAGUCCCAUCUGUUGAGGAUGGCCUUUUUGUGAGAUCAUUGUCAUAUUCUGUGUGAGAUACAGCUAUGUAUAUAAUAAAGAAAAGCCAAAUUAAUUA